AUGACGCUGGGACUGGAGAAAUGUGCUGCGGUGAUAGUUAGAAGGGGAAAAUUGGCAGAGGAGGAGAAUAUACGGCUGCGAGAUGGCAACGAAAUAAUCAGUCUGAGUACGGAAGAAAGAUAUAAAUACCUGGGGAUACAAGAAACGUUCGAAAUUAAACAACGGGAAAACAAGGAACAAGCAAGAACGGAACUAAUCAGACGCACAAGACUCGUACUCAGAUCACAGCUAUCCGCCAAGAACAAGAUAAUGGCAAUCAACAUCUGGGCCAUACCCGCUUUCACCUACACAGCAGGGAUACUGUCUUGGCCGAAAACCGACCUACAACAGAUGGACAGAAAGAUCAGAACCACAAUGACCCAGUUUGGACUACUUCAUCCCAACUCGGCCAUUGAGAGAUUAUACUUACCGCGAAGGGAGGGGGGACGAGGACUGAGCUCCAUAGAGAAUACCUGUUGGAAAGAACAAGUUAAUAUUAACAAUCACUUCAAUAGUAUGCACUUACCAGUCCACCAAUGGAUAGCGGCACAAACAGCUUCUUACGCUGAAGCGGAGGCAAAUGAAAGCGAACCUGGAAGAGAAAACACGACCGACGACCUCAGACGGAAAUGGCAAUCAAAACAACUCCAUGGAAGGUUUUAUGCAAGCUUACAUCAGGAUGACAUCGACAUCGCGGCAUCUAAUACUUACCUCACCCAGGGCUAUCUGUUUCCACAAACGGAGGGAACAAUCUUCGCUAUACAAGACCAGGUCGUACCCACCCGAAAUUACACCCACCAUAUAAUGAAAAAACACGUUGAAAGCACAAAGUGCCGGCUUUGCAAUGGUGCAGAGGAAACUGUACAACAUCUCUCAGCGGGAUGCUCCUCAAUAGCAGGGACCAAAUAUCUGUCUCGACAUGACAAUAUGGGUAAGGUGGUACAUCAACUACUGUGCCUCAAUAAAGACCUGAUUCAACACUUUACCCCACACCAUUUGUAUGUACCAACACCCAUCCUGGAAAACGAGAACACGAAGGUUUAUUGGGAUCUCUCUAUAACAACCGACUUAGCAGUGGAACACAACAGACCCGAUAUGGUGGUUUGGAACAAAAAAGAGAACACGGCCACCAUUAUAGACUUCGCAGUUCCACAGGAUUAUAACAUGCAAAAGACAUAUGCGGAGAAGAUCAGUAAGUACGAGGCACUGUCGGGACAGAUCAGGGAUAUGUGGAGGUUGAGGAGAGUGGAUAUAGUGCCUUUGAUAAUAAGUGUCAAUGGUCUAAUAUUGAAGAAAACCGUCUCAAAUUUGGAGGAACUACAGCUACCACCCAGUACUGUCACCUGGAUGCAGAAGGCGGUCAUACUGGGCACCGUCGGAAUAAUCAGACGAGUGGUCACACCCAAUUAG